GCUGAUUUUGACACAUAUACAUUUUCACACCAUCAUCAAAAUAAAACAUUUACCGCUUACGUCUGCAGAGUUCACUUCUCAUAAACAGAAAACAAAUGGACCGAAUCGUUCAAUACAUCAUUGUGCGUGGUGAUUUAUCAAAAUCACUACAAUGGCCAAUCGGUGCAGUAAUUGCUCAAUGUUGUCACGCAACAACAGCAAUUUGUAAUGAAACCGCAAACGACACCGAAACGAAGGAAUACUUUAACGAUAUGGACAAUAUGCACAAAGUUGUGUUGGAGGCCACCGAUGACACCAGUUUAAAUUCGUUGAGCGAAAAAUUGAAAGAAAAUGGAAUCGUUCAUAAAUUGUGGAUUGAAAAGCCGGAAAUGAUACCGACAUGCAUUGCCAUCAAACCCUAUCAAAAGAAACAAGUCCACAGUUAUGUGAAACAUUUGAAACUGAUGAAAUAAAUUUUGUAAUUGAGCUCAGUGACUGAAA